AUGUCAACUAUCUACUCCUUUCUAAAUACACAUGACAACCAUCACUCCGAUUGCGCAACGCCCGACACUCGUCUAGUUGUGUUGAUGACUCUUUCUACCGGAAUCGAAGCAGAUUGCCUAGGAAACAGCGUCAGCAUGAAUGUUGCAAUAAAGCCAAUCGACAGAUGGUCACGAGGAAUCCACCGUCGUCUGCUCGUGGAAUUGACCUUCGAAUCUCUUCCCCAAACACUUUCACUCGAAAUGGAAGUUGGCUCAACUCCCCCAACAGUCCGAAAGACGACUGGGCAUUGGGGACCCAUUGACGACCCCAUUCGAGACGGCAUCAUAACGACAAUUUCACAAAUGUCCCGGCGUCGGAGGCUGCAGGCUCUGUUGGACGGUCUGAAAAGGCUUCAGCUAACCCCCUCUUCUCCUUCUCCUCCUCCUCCUUCUCUUAAUGUUGCUUCUUUUACAGCCAGGCUCAUGUUCAGUUCUCGCCUGGCCGUCUCCCUUGUUAUGUUCUUCGGCACCUUGUGUCUCUACUCUCAGAGAUCCAAUCUGAGUGUGGCCAUCAUAUGCAUGACAAACAACUCCGCGGUGGCUGGCUUGAUCGACACCGAGAAAAACGCAUCCCCACCGGUGCCGCCGAGUGAGGCUGACCGAGAAAUCGUCGCUUCGGACCGUUGCCCGGAAAAUGACACCCAGUCGAGUGGAGUUAGUGACAUUUUGAACUUGUUUAUUUGCUAUUUGACCACCGGCCGGAUCGUCGGUGGGCACCGAUCACCUUGA